AUGAGCACUUCAGCCCGACAAGCAUUUCUGUCCUGGCAUGAAGCACACAAGGGGGAUGUGUUUAACUUUCAAGAUGAGAUGCUGGCCUAUUGCAGAUCGGACGUGGAUAUUCUUCGCCGCUGUUGUCUGCUGGAGUUUCGAGCCCAGUUUUUGGAUGUGGCGAAUGUGGAUCCAUUCCAAUACGUGACCAUUGCGUCAGCCUGUAUGGCAACGUAUCGGAGUGGCCACAUUCAGCCCAACACGAUUGCCAUGGUGCCCACACACGGCUACGUCAACUCAACGAAUUACAGCCCUGAUUCGAUCCGGUGGUUGGACUUUGUUGCUGCUUCGGAAGGCAUUGCCAUUCAACAUGCGUUGAACGGUUCCGGAGAGCACAGAAUCGCCGGAAUCUCGGUAGACGGUUUCUGCCAAGCAACACAAACCGUCUAUCAGUUUCAGGGCUGUUUCUUCCACGGGUGUAGUUCCUGUUAUGACGGUGAUGUCAUUCAUCCACUAAAAGGGGUUUCCAUGACAACGUUGCGAGAGAAAACGGAAGAGACCACACGAAAGCUUCGCACCCAGGGUUUCCACGUCAUAGAAAUGUGGGAGCAUGAGUUUCAGAGAGAAAAAGAGGAAAAUCCAGAUCUCCAAGCUUUCCUGGAGCAACACCAUCUGAGGGACCGGCUUAAUCCUCGAGAGUCAUUUUUCGGAGGACGGACCAAUGCCCUCAAAUUGUUCCACGAGGGAGACGCUAAAUAUGUGGAUUUCACAUCCCUCUAUCCAUGGGUGAACAAAUAUUGCGUCUACCCUGUGGGACAUCCAACAAUCAUCACGGAAAGCUUUGGGGAUAUAGAAAAUUACUUUGGACUUAUCCAAUGCCGUGUGAUUCCUCCACGGAACCUCUAUCUUCCGGUACUGCCCUAUCGGUGUAGGAAGAAGCUCAUGUUCCCCCUGUGUCGGACUUGCGCCUUUCUACAGUCUCAGUCUUCCUGUACCCACACAGACGAUGAAAGAGCUCUUGUCGGAACGUGGGUAUCGGAAGAAGUCAAGCUGGCGAUAAAGAAAGGUUACCGCGUCACACAUAUUUACGAAGUGUACUAUCAUUUCAAAGAAUCGUCUACUUCCCUGUUUCGUUCCUACAUUGAUCUCUUUCUGAAGAUCAAACAGGAAAGUAGCGGAUGGCCUUCGGAGUGUGUGACGCCUGAAGACCAAAUUAAAGUAUAUUCGCCAGUAUGA